AUGCGCUCACUAGUAGCGAUUCUGCCGCUGGCAGUGGCCGCGCGUAACAUUGGCCCACGACAGUCGAGCCAGAAGAUCACAGUUGACGUCACCCAGAGAUACCAGAUCAUUGAUGGUUUUGGCAUAUCUGAAGCGUUCCAGCGCGCCAACGGUAUUCUGAACUUGAAGGAACCCAAGCAAACCCAGGUCCUCGACCUGCUGUUCAACACUACGAAUGGGGCCGGGUUUACAAUCGUUCGGAAUGGCAUCGGCAGCAGUCCCAGCAACGCAAAUGACUGGAUGAUCACUUUCGCAGAAGACCCUGGCAGUCCCACCUCAGCGCCGAUAUACACUUGGGAUGGAAAGGACUCGGGCCAGUUGUGGUUCUCACAACAGGCGGCAAAGAGAUAUGGUGUCAAGACGUUCUAUGGCGAUGCCUGGUCUGCGCCGGGAUUCAUGAAAACCAACAAGGACGAUGCCAACGGCGGCACUGUAUGCGGUCUGCCCGGGGCCACGUGUAGCAGCGGCGACUGGCGCCAGGCGUACGCAGAUUAUUUGGUCCAGUAUGUCAAGUUCUAUGCUGAAGCAGGCGUCAAUGUCACACACCUUGGGUUUGUCAACGAGCCGGAUUUGAAGACGGCUUACGCGUCUAUGUUGGUCAACGGGACGCAAGCGGCCGACUUCAUCAAAGUCCUUCAUCCAACUCUGGCGAAGAGCAACAUGUCGCAUAUUGCCAUAACCUGCUGCGAAGCAACCGGCUGGUCAGUGCAAUCUCAGUACACCCAGCAGCUCAAGGCCGCUGGCGUCGAGUCCAUGGUGGGCGUGAUCACAGGACACACCUACACGUCUGGUAUAUCCGGAAGCCAGCCCACCCCACAGAAGGUCUGGGAAACAGAGUGUUCGGACCUCAGCGGGGGCUGGUCGACUGCGUGGUACAGUAACGGCGGGAGUGGCGACGGCUAUACCUGGGCGAACAACAUCCACACCGGCCUGACCACCGGCAACGUGUCGGCGUACCUGUGGUGGGUGGGCACGCAGGACCGGGCGACGAACAACAAUAACAACGAGAAGCUGAUCCUGGUGGACGGGCAGGACUACCAGGUCUCGAAACGCCUGUGGGCGUACGCUCAGUACAGCCGGACGGUGCGACCGGGUGCGGUGCGGGUUAAGGCAUCAGGGGGAAGCGGGCUGAAAACAACUGCGUUCGUCAACGUCAACGGGAAGCUGGCCGUUAAUGUUAUCAACACCGGGGCCAAUGCCGUUAGUAUCAGUCUCUCCGGGUCCAACGGCUCGGCUGUGCAGGCGUGGGUUACCGAUAACACCCACGAUAUGGAGGCGACUCCGGCGUCAAUUACGGAAGGAACUGUCACAGGAUCAGUGCCGGGGAGAGGGAUGGUCAGCUUUGUUAUAUUGUGA